CAACCUGGGAGUGGUAGUUCCCUGGGCGCCGGCCAGAAUCGCCAGCUCGGCUGUGGCGGAUUGAGCCGCUCCAGCAGUCCUGUUGGGACUGAGGCGGAGAAAGGGCGUGGAACGGAAAGGGUGAGUCAGACAGUGUCUGCGCGAUAAAGGGAGACCGCACGCGGCGCGGGUGUGAUUGCGGAAGUGCGGUCCGUGCCGCAGACCGUUCUGGUCACCGCUGUCUCGGAGGCUGCGGAGGAAGGGUGAAGAGGAGCCGGGCGCCCGCAGCCAUUCUGCCCUCGGCGUCCCGCCGCCAUCUCCACCAUGCAGUCCCGGGAAGACGCCCCGCGCGCUCGCCGCCUCGCCAGUCCCCGCGGUGGGAGGCGGCCCAAGAGGAUCUCCAAGCCCUCGGUUUCGGCCUUUUUCACGGGCCCAGAGGAACUGAAGGACACAGCCCAUUCCGCAGCCCUGCUGGCCCAGCUCAAGUCCUUCUACGAUGCUCGACUGCUGUGCGAUGUGACCAUCGAGGUGGUGACGCCUGGCAGCGGGCCUGGCACUGGCCGCCUGUUCUCCUGCAACCGCAACGUGCUGGCCGCCGCGUGCCCCUACUUCAAGAGCAUGUUCACAGGGGGCAUGUACGAGAGCCAGCAAGCCAGCGUGACCAUGCACGACGUAGAUGCUGACUCCUUCGAGGUUUUGGUGGACUACUGCUACACAGGUCGUGUGUCCCUGAGCGAGGCCAAUGUGCAGCGCCUCUAUGCGGCCUCGGAUAUGCUUCAGCUCGAGUAUGUGCGAGAAGCCUGUGCUUCUUUUUUAGCUCGUCGACUGGACUUGGCCAACUGCACUGCCAUCCUCAAGUUUGCUGAUGCCUUUGAUCAUCACAAACUGCGAUCUCAGGCCCAGUCGUUUAUAGCUCACAACUUCAAGCAACUAAGCAGAAUGGGUUCGGUUCGGGAGGAAAGUCUUGCAGAUUUGACCCUGAGCCAGCUGCUGGCCGUCCUGCGCCUGGACAGUUUGGACAUAGAGAGUGAGAGGACCGUGUGCCACGUGGCUGUGCAGUGGCUGGAGGCAGCUCCCAAAGAGCGAGGGCCCAGCGCUGCAGAAGUAUUCAGGUGUGUUCGCUGGGCACACUUCACUGAAGACGAUCAGAGCUACGUGAAAGGGCUGCUGACCAAGCCCAUUGUGAAGAAGUACUGCCUGGACGUUAUUGAAGGGGCCCUGCAGAUGUGCUAUGGUGACUUGUUGUAUAAGUCCCCACUCCCAAACCCAAACAGCAGCAGCAGAGGUGGCGGCAGCAGCAGCAGCAGCUGUGUUGUAUCUGUAGCUGAUAAUUCACCCCAGAGAUUAGGUAUGUGUGCCAAAGAGAUGGUGAUUUUCUUUGGGCAUCCCAGAGACCCUUUUCUGUGCUAUGACCCAUAUUCAGGGGACAUUUAUACAAUGCCCUCACCUUUGACCAGCUUGGCUCACACUAAGACUAUCACCUCCUCAGCUGUUUGCGUCUCCCCAGACCAUGAUAUCUAUUUAGCUGCCCAGCCCAGGAAAGACCUGUGGGUGUAUAAGCCAGCCCAAAAUAGUUGGCAGCAACUGGCAGAUAGAUUGCUGUGUCGUGAGGGCAUGGAUGUGGCAUAUCUCAAUGGCUACAUUUACAUUUUGGGUGGUCGAGACCCUGUUACUGGGGUUAAAAUGAAAGAAGUGGAAUGCUACAGUGUUCAGCGGAACCAGUGGGCCCUGGUGGCUCCUGUACCCCACUCCUUUUACUCCUUUGAACUAAUAGUUGUUCAGAACUAUCUGUAUGCUGUCAACAGUAAGCGCAUGCUGUGCUAUGAUCCUAGUCAUAAUAUGUGGCUGAACUGUGCAUCUCUUAAGCGAAGUGAAUUUCAGGAAGCCUGUGUCUUCAAGGAUGAGAUCUAUUGUAUCUGCGACAUCCCAAUUAUGAAGGUCUACAACCCAGCCAGGGGAGAAUGGAGACGGAUUAGUAAUAUUCCUUUGGAUUCAGAGACCCACAACUACCAGAUUGUCAAUCAUGACCAAAAGUUACUGCUUAUUACUUCCACCACCCCACAGUGGAAGAAGAACCGGGUGACUGUGUAUCAAUAUGAUACUACAGAAGACCAGUGGAUUAAUGUAGGUACCAUGUUAGGCCUCUUGCAGUUUGACUCUGGGUUCAUUUGCCUCUGUGCUCGGGUUUAUCCUUCCUGCCUUGAACCUGGUCAGAGUUUCAUUACUGAAGAAGAUGAUGCACGAAGUGAGUCCAGUACUGAAUGGGACUUAGAUGGAUUCAGUGAGUUGGACUCUGAGUCAGGAAGCUCCAGUUCUUUUUCUGAUGAUGAAGUCUGGGUACAGGUAGCACCGCAGCGUAGUGUGCUGGAUCAGCAGGGUUCUUUGUAAUGCUUUGAAGUACUGUGAUGUUUCUACUUGCUGUAUGGAAUGUGUCUUUAAAAGAUACACUUUUUCCUGGAAAAAUAAUAGUUGAUUAGGACUGCAGAUUUGGCUGAGGUAAUAUUUUGAAAUACUAAUAUAAUGUACAAAGUUUAAGUGGUCUUCAACAUCAACCCAUUCACUAAUUUACUCUGCUAAAAAUAAAAGCAUAAAAUAUGCAAAAAAUGUACUACAUAAUUGAUUAGGAUGGUUGGUGGGUUUUUUAAAUUAGUGUUUAUUUUGACUGUUGUAAUUUAGUGUGCUAAGUUUUAAAUUCAGUUUAGUGCCACAGAGAACUUUUAAAUUUGCGUGUUAAUAAACUGGCAAUUGUUGAUAGGAUUUUGAUAGUAUAUGUUCCUUCAGAUAAUUAAAAUAGAUUUACAAAAUCCUUACUUUUUAGUAUUCUAAGUUAUAGUUAAAGUUCUAUUUGCUUUUAUUUCUAAAAAAAGAGUUGAAUGUAUGUAUUAAGAUUACUUAAGAGUGACUUUAUUUUCAUAAUGUGUCACUGGCCUUUCAAGCAAGGUCACAUCAGUUUUUUAAAAAUCAAGAUUCCACUGUUUUAAAGGAAUUUCAGUUUUUAUUUUGGAAUAUACAAUAUGUAUUUGCUAAAUGUAGCCAGUUUUCUGUCCUGAAAAAAAUUCAUUCUAGUAGUGUCACCAAUUUUAAGCACCUUUCUAAACUAAAAACCAAACAAACUCGCUUUGUAGGUUCACAUUGAUCUUUGCCUAAUACAUCCUUCACUGACCCAGAUGAACAUUUUUUUCACUAGACAUAUAAUUGGGUAAUACAAAUCUUUAUCCACUGGUGAUACCUUGUCUUAAAGUUUACUUGCACCCCUAAAAUAUUUUGGGUAUGUAAUUUUAGUGUUCAUCUUAGAAUAUUCUUUAGCAAAAGUGAUUUAUUCUGCACUGUUUUUGUAAGAUUGUUUUUGGAAAUAUAAGCUAAAAAUUAUAUUUUAUUGAGAUUAGUAGUUACAGUGUCUACCAACUCUAAAAUCAAGUGCCCGCAAAGAAUUUUAAAACUUUAAGCUAUGUAUAGAAACAGUUUUGUUUAGCAUUUAAAUAUUGUCACUUUUAUAGGUCGCUAUAAAUAUUCUUGAUUAUUAACUCACAGGUAUUUUUGUAUAAAAAGUUGACAGUUAAAGAUCAUAAAUGGGUAAUGGCAUUCGGGGCCAACAGUGAAAAUACUUUUCCUCAAAAGUGUUUCCCUAAGGAGUGAUAUCCAUGUUUAUUUUAUUAUAAUGUUUGUUUCUGUUUUAUGUUCCUCUGUCAAGUAUAUUCCAGUCUUUAUUUCUUUCACCAUAUGUAAGGGUAAUCCAGAAAUAGAGACUAAAUUACACAAAACUGACAGUUAAUACAAGAUUAUAUAGGUGCUCAUCUUUUAAAAGUUUGUUAAUACAUACAGUUGCCAUAAUACAGGUACCUGAUAAGUAGAAAGUUUUCUAUACCCACAUCUUCCUGAAUUUUUGUUCAAUAACAUGCUAAUUCCUUUUUAUUCUCUACUGACAGAAUGCUAAUAUUUCUUAUCCUCUAGUCGAGGAAUCUGGUACAGAUGAAGUGAAUUUUUUUAAUGAAAAAGAAGGAAAGAAAGUUAACAAAAAUAUUCCACAAAUAAUGUUUUCUUCAUCAUUUUGAUUGGCCACUUGACAAGUCUACAAGAUGUUCCUCUGUAACAUUAGAAAUACGGUGCCUGCCUAGUGGAACAUACUCCUUCAAGAGUAGACAUGCUACUGUGGCCUGAGGUUGGUUUUUGGUCGGUUUGCUAUCAGGGAUAUAAAAAGCGCUGCUUUUAACAUAGAGAAGUAUUUCUCAGUGGUGUUUUAACAUAGAGAAGUAUUUCUCAGAAGUAUUUCUCAUAUGGGCCAAUUUUUCUUCAUUAACUUCCAUUGUUAGCUUAUAUUCUGUAAGGUUAAACUGUGAAAUAUUUAUCUCAACCAGAUUAUUUAUCUGCACAAUUAAGACCUGUAACUGUUGUAUAAAAGACAAAUCCUUCAAUGUGUCUCAAUGUUUGAGUCGAAGCCUAGGCCUAAAUAUUAUUAUCUUGGUUUUUAGUGAUGAUUUUGGUUUUGUGAUAUAUUUGUGAAUUAGGGAAUGAAUAUUAACUAGUGUUUUAUAGAUAAGUGAUUUGGGGAAUAGAUAUUAACUAUUGUUUUAUGGAUAAGUGAUUUGUACAUGGUUAGUUACAAAUAAAGUGGUACUAAAUCUCAGGCUUUCUGACUUUCUAAUUCAGUGGUUCUGUUAAAUAUAUAAAAAGUUUGCUUGUGUAAUAUAACCAGCAGUGCUGAAAUCCCUUCUUGACAAGAGAGCACCCUUGUCUCUGUUUCCAAUUAAUCAGCACAUUUUGUAGCAAAUGUUUAAUAUAAUGUAUUUUCAGGGCAUCAUUUGUAUAAUUUUGAACAUCUGCUGUAGUCAUUUGAGUAUCUGGAUCGUAGUUGAGAUUGAGUCAUUCCCCAAGAAAAUUUGCAUUUAUAUUUUGCUAAUUUCAAGGAAGUUCAUCCACAAACCCAGGAAGAACAGUUGUGACAGUCUUACUACCUCUACAAGAAAAAACUCAUGUUUUUCAUGAGACAUAGUUCAUAUAUUGACUGGGGGACAAAGCGACAUAUUCCUGUAACAAAGCUAAACAAAUAGAUGUUCACUGUCUUAAAGAGAUGUAAAAAUUAAUGACUAUCUCACAACAAAAAUAAAGUUGAUAUUCUGAAAUUCA